AUGAAAGCUGUGAUCGCUCUUAUCGGACUUGUUUUCUGCAUUGCUGGAACAAUGGGUUCGCCCAUUGUAGUGGGACUACCUCUGCCACUGCCAAUUGGCGUGGGAUUCGGAAUACCUCCUCCACCUCCGCCGCCUCCACCUCCGCCGUAUGGAUACUAUCCGUCCCCAUACCAUCACCACCACCAUCAUCCACACGGAUAUGGUUACGAUUAUGGAUACGGCAGCUAUGGAUACUAAAAAAACGAACCUAAAGUCAGAAGAUAUUGUUAAGUUUAUUUAUAUUAAACAUGAAACCAGUGGAGCACAGAAUAAAACAAUAUUUAUAACAUUA